AGAUGUUCACCUUUGGCGCCAUUGGACACAAUCUCAUGCUGCCGUAUUUAGUCACCUGCAAGAUUCCCUCGACCAUGUCAGGCAAAGUUCCUGCUUCAGUAUCUUUGGUCGACACACCAUGCAAAAAAGCGACCAACAAUCUUCGGGUCAUUUACAACCCUUUGCCUGCGGGGGAAAAGAAAAAGGACUUUCUGGUCUGCGUCAAAGCACUCUUUUUGACGCACAAACCACACAUGGCGGUCAGAAUAGUAGAGUGGAUCGAGUUGCUCAAAAUUCUGGGAGCUCAGGAAAUUGUCAUUUACAAUUUUCAGACUCACGAGAAUAUAACUCGGGUUCUUGACUAUUACGCAAAAAAGGAUAACUUCAAACACGUGCCAAUAACGCUUCCUGGGAAGUUCCCGAAUUCACGACACUUGAUAUCCGACUUUAUGGCCAAAGCGAAUUAUUUUCAAUAUAAAAACGAUGCUAUGCAGCAAGCCGAUUGCUUGUACCGAAAUCUCUACAAAUUCAACUACGUCACCGUUCUGGACGUUGAUGAACACGGACCACUGGCGGGAUUUGAUCUACAAGAUAGCAGCUUAGCGCCAAGAAUUGCUCAGCAGCAUAAAUCUUAUGCAGGUUACGUGGCCAGGAACACAUUUUUCAUGGAUGACCAGAUUGAACGGCAGUCAUGGUUCCAUGGCUUCCCAAGUACAUGCACAUGCUGCAAAAUGUGA